UUUAUUCCUGCCACGACAAGCAUUGCAAUGCCCCCCUCAUCUCAUCUCCUCUCUCCUCUUCUCUGAUCCCCAAAGCCCAAACAGCAAUGAACUCUUCGAUACUUACUAGACGCCUAAACCCCGCUAAAACCCUCCUCCUUCCAUACUCAACAAAUACCCCCACUUUUCAUUUCCAUUCCCGAACCCCAAAUCCCCCACAAUCAGAUCCACUAAAUCUUGACUCCAGCACUGUUUUUCAAACCCUGUCAUGUUACAACAAUGACUGGAAACGAGCUCUGGAUUUCUUCAACUGGGUGGAAACUGAAUCCCAAUUUCAGCACACAACAGAGACUUACAAUCGCAUGAUUGACAUCUUGGGUAAGUUCUUUGAAUUCGAUUUAUCAUGGGACUUGAUUCAGAGAAUGAGAAAUAACCCUUUUUCAACGCCUAAUCAUACUACCUUUCGUGUAUUGUUUCAUCGUUAUAUAUCUGCUCAUCUUGUUAAUGAAGCAGUAAGUGUUUAUGAGGAUAGAUUAAAAGAAUUCGGUUUAAAAGACGAGACGUCUUAUUGUAUUCUUGUUGAUGCACUUUGUGAGUACAAGCAUGUUAUAGAAGCACAUGAACUGUGUUUUGGAAAUAACAAUAACAGCAUCAAUGUUAGGAAUAUAACAAAGAUUUAUAAUAUGAUUUUACGCGGGUGGUUUAAGAUGGGUUGGUGGGGUAAGUGUAGGGAGUUCUGGGAGGAGAUGGAUAGGAAAGAAGUUUGUAAGGACUUGCAUUCAUAUUCCAUAUACAUGGAUAUACUGUGCAAAAGUGGGAAGCCUUGGAAAGCGGUGAAAUUGUAUAAAGAGAUGAAGAGUAAGGGAAUAAAGCUGGAUGUUGUGGCAUAUAAUACGGUUAUUAAUGCCAUUGGUUUAUCAGAGGGUGUGGAUUUCGUCUUGAGGGUUUAUCGUGAAAUGAGGGAAUUGGGUUGUCAGCCGAAUGUUGUGACUUGUAAUACGGUGAUAAAGCUUUUGUGUGAAAAUGGGAGGAUAAAGGAAGCCUAUAAAAUGCUGGAUGAAAUGCCCCAGUCAUAUAUUGCCCCUGAUGUCUUCACUUAUCAUUGUUUCUUUAGGUGUCUUGAGAAGCCAAAAGAGAUUCUUUGUCUUUUCGAUCAGAUGAUUGAGAAUGGGGUUUGCCCAAGGAUGGACACAUAUGUAAUGCUAAUGAGAAAGUUUGGAAGAUGGGGAUUUCUUCGACCAGUUUUUUUAGUGUGGAAGAAAAUGGAGAAACUUGGGUGCAGUCCAGAUGAAUUUGCAUAUAAUGCUUUAAUUGAUGCUCUAAUUCAAAAGGGCAUGGUAGAUAUGGCUAGAAAGUAUGAUGAAGAGAUGAUGGCAAAAGGUCUUUCAGCAAAGCCCAGGGUAGAGUUAAAUACAACCGAAGGAUAAAUGUGGCUAUUUCCAUUUUGCCACAUGUUCUUGAAAAAGAUCUAGUUACAAGCGAGGGUUAGCACCUUUUAUGGAUCAGAACCUGGAGCCGGCAUGAUUUUCCUUGCACACCAUUCAAGAGGUGUUUUUACAUUCAUAGCCAGGGCACUUAUUUUGAUGAUUUAAUUUCCCUUUUAAAGCUUGUGCACAGAAAGUCUAUCUUAAUGUUUUUUUUAAUUAUUAACAUGGGUGUCCGGGGCAGCUUGCGCGUACUUUGACUAAUCCUACGAGCCCUGAAAUUAACAACCAUGUAAGCCUCCAGUGGCUCUGAAGUUUGUGGGACUCGAACUAGUAACCUUUAAGGAGCAAAUUCAGGGCCUAACCAGUUGAGCUACAUCCCUCAGGAUUCUAUCUUAAUGUUUUUACUUGUUAUAACAUGUGGCUUACAUCUAUCUUACUCCUUCAACCACAAGGGUAUAUAUUUAGUUGGUCAUGGAAAGGGAAAAUUGUGAUUGUAUAUAUCUUGUAGUCAAUUAAUUAAUAAAUAUUUAUUUAUUUUUAAUAUUUAUUAAA